GACCAGAAGCUGGAAGAGGCCAGGACCAGAUUCUUCCCCAGAGCCUUCAGAGGGAGCCCAGCCCCACUGACACACUGGUUUUGGACCUUUGGCCUCAAGAACUGGCACCACAUUUGUAUGCCUUAUAGAACCCACACUUGGACAUGCUGACAUCAGGCUUCAAGACAGCUGAGCCCCACUAGACACCCAAAAAACCCAUGGCUCUGGUUGCAUCUUUCAACAUGACCAGUCCGCAGCCUGCCACAGAAGGAGGAACUUCCGAAGUUGAGAUCAUCUCCCAACAAGUAGACGAAGAAACCAAGAGCAUUGCUCCCGUGCAGCUGGUGAACUUUGCCUAUCGGGACUUGCCCCUGGCUGCGGUUGACCUCUCCACGGUGGGCUCGCAGCUCCUGUCAAAUCUGGAUGAAGAUUACCAAAGAGAAGGGUCUACCUGGCUGAAGCCGUGCUGUGGGAAGAGAGCAGCCGUGUGGCAGGUAUUUUUGCUCAGUGCAAGUGUCAACAGUUUCCUGGUAGCCUGUGUAAUAUUGGUGGUGAUUCUCCUGACUCUGGAACUUCUAAUAGAUAUAAAGCUUCUCCAGUUUUCCAGUGCAUUCCAGUUUGCUGGCGUGAUACACUGGAUCAGUCUGGUCAUUCUCUCAGUGUUCUUCUCAGAGACUGUUCUUCGGAUAGUGGUGCUCGGGAUCUGGGAUUACAUUGAAAACAAAAUAGAGGUGUUUGAUGGGGCUGUGAUCAUCCUGUCCUUGGCCCCGAUGGUGGCGUCCACUGUGGCUAAUGGGCCCAGGAGCCCCUGGGAUGCCAUCAGCCUCAUCGUCAUGCUCCGGAUCUGGCGGGUGAAGAGGGUCAUUGAUGCCUACGUCCUGCCUGUGAAGGUGGAGAUGGAGAUGGUCAUCCAGCAGUACGAGAAGGCCAAGGUCAUCCAGGACGAGCAGCUGGAGAGACUGACGCAGAUCUGUCAGGAGCAAGGGUUUGAGAUCCGGCAGCUGCGGGCGCACCUGGCGCAGCAGGACUUAGACCUGGCGGCCGAGCGCGAGGCGGCGCUGCAGGCCCCUCACGUGCUCAGCCAGCCGCGCAGCCGCUACAAGGUGGUGGAGGCCGGUACGUGGGCCGAGGAGACCGCGGAUGAGAGCGUCGUGGAGGAGCUGCAGCCCGUGCAAGAAGCUGCAGUGAAAGAUGACAUGAACAGCUACAUCAGCCAGUACUACAAUGGGCCCAGCAGUGACAGCGGUGCCCCAGAGCCAGCUGUGUGCGUGGUCACCACGGCGGCCAUAGACAUCCACCAGCCCAUCUCCUCUGACCUCUUUUCUGUCGAUGUGCCCCUGAAGCUUGGCAGCGAUGGUACCUGCGCCAGCGCCACCUCUGAGAGCGCCUCCCGCUCCACUCACGGCUCCGUCACCCAGGCACAGAGUGACAGCAGCCAGACGCUGGGCUCCUCCAUGGACUGCAGCACCGCCCGCGAGGAGCCGUCCUCUGAGCCUAGCCCCUCCCCCCUGCCACUGCCGCCACUGCCGCCACCACCUCAGCAGGAGACGGCAGAGGCCACAGUCCAGGAACUGUUGUCCUCCCUGUCAGAGGACCCCUGCCCAUCCCGGAGGGCCUUGGACCCAGCCUCCCUUGCCCGGCCCAGCACAGCGGGCUUGGCCCAAACCAGCCCCGAGCUGGAGCACAGGGUAAGUCUGUUCAACCAGAAGAACCAGGAGGGCUUCACUGUCUUUCAGAUCAAGCCUGUCAUCCAUUUCCAGCCUGCUGCACCUGUGCUGGAGGAGAAGUUCAGAUCUUUGGAAUCCAAAGAGCAAAAGUUGCACAGGGUCCCUGAAGCCUAGAGCCUCCGGGCAGGCUGGGAGGGAGCGGGGCAGCCAGCCGUCUCACGCUCUCCCAGGGCCCUGGAGGCUACCGGGGCCACACAAGGGGCCCAGGAGCCCCCCUGGCCUCCCUCAGGGUGCUGCCUGCCUCCAGGGAGGUGACGCCAGGCCAGGAGGCCACACGCCUCAGACCUCAAAGCCCAGAGCUGGCGCCUCCUCUCACCCUGCUCAGGGGAGGGUGGUGCUCGUGGCUGGGGUUUUUUUAAACCACUUUUACAAAAACCAGCCUGUGGCCCAGCUUCAGCAGGGCAGAGUGCGGGGGCCAGCUCAGCCUCUUCCGUUGCCUUUGUUCCUGAUGCCCACCCCGGACCCCCGGGAACAGCACUGUGAGCAGGGGCUAUCCAGCCCCAACCCCAAGCCGUCUUUUCCAGGAAUCCUGGGUGGAGCCAACACAAUCACACACAGACCACCAUCUGAGCCUAUUUCAUUUGUCCUCAUUCUCUCAUUUAGGCAUGAGCAUUUCUGAGAGUCUUUUCAAGACAAAUCUAGUUUUCACCUUCACAGGACAUAAAGGGAUGGAUCUGAAGGUGGGUGGGAGGGUCAGGGGGGUGGGGGGACAGCCAUUUUCCAAUCUUGGCUUUAAUAAUAAAAACCACCUGCACUGAGACUUCCAGUUGGCAGAGGUGUUCCUUUGGUUGCUAGUCCAAGUGAGGACCCCAGCGUAGCUUGUUUGGGUUCGAGUUGGCCUUGAAAACCAACCCAGGGAGCCCCAACCCCUCUCUGGUGUCCCCGAGGCCGUUAUAGAGUGGAAGGAGCCCUGGACCCCGGGAGGAAAGCGCUCACACUGCCUGCCUGUGUGACUGUCAACUAGUACCUUCCCUUCCCUCAUCUCCCCACCAAAAUGGAGCUCAGAAUACUGGGUUCCUUGCUGACAACUCCCAGACGCAGCUCACUGACCCAGGGCUCCAUCCCUCAGGGAUCUUGAACUUAGCAGGUCCAAAGCUGAGCAAGAUAUCUUGCCCGCAGCCUGCGCCUCCUCCCGGGUUCCCAGCCAGGGCACCACCAUCCACCCAGCCAUGAACGUGAAUGAAUGUUGGCUCCCUUCUCAUCCCCCACAAGCAGUCAAGGAACGCUGGCCAUUCUGCACUCCAAGUCACCUGCCCCAGACCCCAUCAUCACAGCCUUGCUAAGGCCCAGGCCCAGCUCUGGCUCCACCCGCCUCCAAUCAGUGUGUCCCCACCCGGGCUGCUGAGCCUGGUCACUGUCUCCCUUGCUGAAAAGCCUCCAAGGGAUUUUUAUGACCACUAUGUUUCAUUUUCCAUGUCCAGAAGAAAAAGGGAAGGUAAUUUUUUUCAUUUCAAGGGCUCCCAUUGCCUCAACUGAGUUUCUUGGUGGGGUCACAACUCCUAAAUGAGCUCACCUGCCUGCCCCCUGGCCGCCCCUCCCAACCUGCUCUUUCUCCCCUCCGUGUGUGUGCAGGUUCUCACUACUCAUGUGUCUCACUAGUAGGUCAGGGUGUCCUCCCAGCUCCUGUGGCCCCUUGGACUCACCCUGACAGUGCAGUCAGUGAUCCCCUGGCUUGGUCAGCAUCUGCGUCCCCUUGGUCCUCAAGAUCAGGGAUCAGGCCCGAGUCCCACUAAAACCCUAGAGCCCGCGUAAGGCCACAGGCUUGGGCACGGAGUCACUCAGGAAAGACGGCUGAAUUGGAAAAAAAGGAGGGAAAUUACCACAUGCAGACAAAGAACACCUUCAUGAUUUGUGGGGAGAUCAGCACCUGUCAAAAAAGAUAUUAAAGGGGGCAGUGUCCAACCAAGCCGUUUUGGGGUGUAAUCUGAGGCAUUCCAGUCACCAGCAGCAUAGUUACAGCUUCCAUUACUGAGCACUCUGUAAGGCCUCUACACACUUGGGCUCCUGUAACCUUCUGAUGACCCUGUGAGGUGGUAACACGGCCCAUUUUACAGGUGUAGCACCCAAGGCUGAGAGGUUUAAGAAACUUCUCUGAGGUCAAACACUAAUAAGAGAGGCACUGAAACUGGAGCCCAAAUCUGCCUGGCAGUGUGCUAGGUGCUAGGACUCCCGUUUUAGAGCCUUUGGAAGUAAAGUGGUCACUCUUAGGUUUUGUCACAUGAUGGGCUGGAGGGCAUUACCUGAUUUAUAAUCUCUAGGGCAGGAGUCAGCAGGGUCUGUUAUUAGCGGUCUGCACCUGCUGGACUAGAAACAGCUACCCUCCUCGGCCAGGCCCAACUUGCUAAGCUGUGAUGCCUUCUUUGCUGACUUCCCGUCACCCCAGCUCAUGGGCUAGUGCUGGCUACCCAAACAGGUAAAUGAGCCCGUCCUGUGCCAGAGCUGAAACCCAGCUCCUAGCUGGCACCGCCUCUGCUGUGGACUUCUACUGCAGAGAAAACCACAGGACAGGGAGGAAAGCAAUGGGGUAAGAUGCUAGGCAAGUGGCCCCUGCUCUCUGCCUCAGUUUCCCCACCUAGAAGACCUCCACUUUUAAAAGCUGGUUUCUCAGGGUAUUUACAAAUUGCUGUGAGGUGGAAUUCUGCCUGAGCAUUCACUGUUGCCUUCCUGCUUGAACAGGCAGUAGCAGUGUUAGAACUGCCGCACAAGCAGAUGAAGACUGGGGACAGAGAUGCCGAGAGGUGGUCCCACCUCUCUGAGAACAGUCUACAGUCACCGAGUUAGAGGGUGCACACAGACAGAGGAAGCCACUCACCUGAGGACAGGCGCAGGGCAGUCUCUCACAGCCUGAAGUGCAGGAGGUGGAGAGUAAAAGCUUUGGCUUUCACGGUUCCCCCGGGUGCCACAGCCCAGAGUUAUGGCUGGCGGGCAGCUGGGGACCGGUGGAGAUGGAGCCUGAGCACUCCCUGGGAGGUUUGCAGCUCUGGGAAAUAGCUCCCCUUGCUCGUCAGCCCAUUCAGAGAGCCCACUCUGGUAAUCUCCCAGGAGACAGGAGGGUCUGGUAACAGCUGCUGUCUCCUAUAAGCCAACAAGAGGGUGAUAACAGUAAUGGCUCCCAUUUAUUCAUUUCCUGUUGUGAUGGGUGUUCUUUGGGUCUGUGAUGGGUCUUGAUCACAGCCUUGCAAACUGGGUGCUGUUUUCCCUGCUUUACAGAGGAGAAAACAGACACAGAAUGAUUAAUUAAAUGACUUGCCCAAGGGCAUACAGCUAAACUACUGGCAGGAUUCAAACCCAGGUCUGUCUAGGUUAGAUGCCAUGCUGGAUAUGGUGAAACGAACUGUGGGGAAAUAAACCAGGUGUCGUCAGGAGAGCCAGAGAGAGAAAUCAGCCUACGUGGCCCCUCAGGCUGGAGGGACCCGCCCACCCCCUCUGCAGAGCCCUGUGGCUCCUUCCACAGGGCCAGCCUCCUGGCUCCGCCCUGCCACGAAGCUGGAGAGGAGCCAAUCCUGUGGCCAGGGUGCCACCCUGACCUGCCAAACCUGGCAGCGAAGGCAAGGCUGAGAGCCACCAGUACUGGUGGCCAGCCCCCAAGGCAGCUUGGCCAGAGACCUGCAGGCCUGGCUCUAAGUCCACCCAGGACUGGGGAGCUGUAAGACCUUCCCUGAAUGACACAACUGGCCCCUCUCCAGUCAGCCCUGGGCAAGUCCUCCAGCCCAAACCCUGGUUUUUCAGAUCAAGUCACACAGACUGGGGUUUUUCACAGACCCUGGACAAUUAGAGGCUGGUGGCCAGGAAUUCUCUUUGGCGUGGUGGGUGUUUAUUCCAUCAGUGACUCUCAGCUCAGGAACACCUUUCUGACUCCAAGCUCCUGACUGGUGCUGCCUCCGUUCCUCUCUGGUGUAAUUUUCUCAUCUCUAAAGAGACUAAAGGUGGGGCCAUACACUCUGUGAGCUGGGGAGAGCCUCAGAUAAGAUGAGGUCCAAGGAAGCCUUCUUAAAAACCAAGUAUCUUACUAACAAGUCAAUAGGACACUUGCACAGAGUUGCUUAACAAGGAUACCCAACAACCCUGGGAGUUAACCCCAGGUUUUGAAAGGACAUCUCAGGGCAGGAGAGAAGUCUGGAUCACUCCACCUCCACCCUCCAUCUCAGAUGCUGUGGUGCGUACAGGGUGUGCCAAAGCCCUGGAUUCUCAGCCCAGCUCUGUUUCUGGUUUGCUACAUGGCUCCAAGCGAAUCCUUGGACCUGCUUCCUCACCCUGUACAGCAGGAAUAAUAACUCUCGUCCCCUCCGCCCCCAUCCCCGUGAGGGUUGCUGGGAUAGCUAAUGACAUAAUGGAAGGGAAAGCCCUUUGAGAAUGUUUCAAGGGAGACACAAACAGAAACCAUCCUUAUUAAUAAUGGAUGCCUGGGGUGUUUCACUGCCUACCCACGUUCAGCACUUCUGGGGAAGGCUGCCCAGGAGAUGCUCAGCUAUUUCAUUUGCUGCCACUGAUAGUCUGAUGUGGGGAGAGGGUGGUAGAUGGGUGCUGAGAGGACGUGUGCCCCACCCCCCAGCCCCAGUAGCCAGCUCAGGCACUGUAUCCCCACUGGUUCCCCUGUAAGUAAUGCCCUGGAGUCACCCCAAGUUACAGCACUGUUGUUCCCCAGACAGGAGCCACCUUAUCUGCUUUCCUCUCCCUUUUCCAGUACAAGCCAAAAACAUACAUUUCCAUGGCAUAAACUGAGUGAUGAAUUCAUAUCUACUCUGGAAUUUUUUUUUUUUUUUUUUUGCUCCAGCACUGAGAAGUUUAGUAUUGUCUCCUGGUUAAUAGUUAAUUUAAUUAUCCAAAGAAAAUGAUGGAACAUUUGCCGCUAAAUUUAUUGCAAGCUACCAAAGAGACAGGGCUGGCAUAAUUUUACGCAGAGCCCCAGGCUAUAUAGCAUAGGGGAGCAGGCUGCCUAUUCAUCCUGAAACAAGCAAAUGAAAUGGACUACCCUGGAGAUCAAUCAGGACAUUAAACACUGUGAUGAAUGUGGCAGAAUUCUUCAGUGUCCGAGAUUUACAGGGCACCUUUCACCAAGCGCUCUAGGACCCUCCCCAACAUCAAUUAGCCUCACAUCUAGGUAGGCUCACCUCCACCUCCACUGCAUAAAGAAGAGGCAUGGGGUUCUUGGACCUGGGUUUGCUAAGUGCCACAAAAGAUAGCCAGUGUGCAGACUAGAUCCAGAUUCUAGUACAAAGACCCCCUACUUCCCUCGGCAAGGAACGUUUUAGAAUGGAGGAAUCAGGUUAAAAGGGGACUGAGGGAUUGGGGUCCAGAGUGUGUCACGUUCUUGGUGCUUCCGUGCCUUGUUCACGCUGGGCCUUUUGCCUGGGAUACAUUUCUUUAUGGGUUGAUUCUGACUGGUCCUUCUGAGCUCGGCUUAGCUGUCUCAUCUUGCUCCCCUCCACUUCAGCCUGCCCCAGUCAGGCUGGAUUAGGUACAUCCUCUGUGUUCCCAAAGAGGGACUCAGGAUAUGGCAUGUGGUUGAGAGUAAACUUUGGCCCAAGGUCACCACUCACUAGCUAUGAAUCCUUUGGCAAAUGUUUUAAGCUCUGUAGGCUUCAGUUUUCUCAACUGGAGAAUGGAGAAUACUACUAUACCUUGUGGGGUUAUGAAGCUUAAAUGAAAUAUAAUGUCUGUAAAGCCCUCAGCACAGCAUCUUGGGCAUAAAAAGCUCUCAAAAGUGGUUACUGUCUCCAUUUACCUAAGCUGCUUGAUAUCUGCCAACACAUUCACACAGGUCAAAGCUUGAAGAUAUCUUGGAAGAUUACCAAGUGCAAUUUGCCGUUUUACAGAUGAGGAAAAUGAAGGCUAAAAGGAGAAGGAAUGUGGCCAGGGUACCUCUGAGACCAUAUCAGAACAAGGACAAGAAUCCAAGGGUCCUGGUGACCAGCCCACUCAGUGCUCAGCCCUUCCUGUGGUCCCCAGGUCCCAGACCCCAAUGUUCCCCGUGCAGGCCCCACGCUGGGAAGGGAAACAGCCCUCCAAGCUGGACUUGAGUCCACAAAAAGGCAGCAGUAAGCUGCCUUUAACCACGUGACCAGUUGUGGUAGGCAAAGAAGGUGAAGCCCAGACAAGUAAAACCUCACCAUGGCCUGACUGCUCACCAGUCGGGCACCAAAGAAGGUAAAUGCCAGCUUCCUUCCCAAUAAAUUCCUAAUUCCAUCACACGUCCAUGUUUCUAAUGACGAGCUUGCUGUUUUGAGGCAGUGCAAGCCAGAGGAUAAGUCCUGGAGAAGCUGUUAGAUGCUGGGGGGCAGCCUGGCACGGUGCAAAGGCCAAGCCCUCCAAACCUGGAGUCAGCUUAGGUUCCACAUCUCAAUUACUGCCUCUGCUCGGUUACCUCUCAGCCCAUUUCUUCAGCCAGAAAGUAGGGGUUAAUGAUACCCCCUUUGGGGAUCACAGUAUUAGAGAAGGAUAUACAAUGCACCUAGUAGGUUCUUAACAAGUAACAUUUGCCGAAAUUCUGGUUUGUGUUCUACCUCUACCAUCUGCUUUGUGCCUUGGGGCAAAUCACCUCUCCUGAGACCCUGACUUCUUCACUGUUUCCUACCUUUUCCACCUCUUGGAGUAACUUACAUGAAAGUGCUUUUAUAAACCAAGGAUUAUCAGCAACUCUUCUUCAUUUGGGUUUCCCAUAAAGUAUUUUUAAAACCCUAGGGCUAUACGAAUUGUGGCAUUAUAUCACCCUAUAUGGGCUUUUUUUUACAGGUUAUCAGUCAAGUCUCCUUUAGUUCAGCAACAGCUAACCAAAUCCAUCUGUUACAAUCAAUAGUGUUCUCCGCGUUUCCCAGCCUCUUAAGCACGCUUUUAUGUGGACCAAAACAAAAACCCCUCUUACCCCCGUGAGAGACAGUGUGAAACGCAACCAAGCUGACUAUCCCUUUCAGAAAGACAGCAAAGAGAGCACUUAUGGCUGAGGUUUCAUUCAAAGCCCCCCAGCCCAGUACAGACACGCCCAGGCUCUGCCGGCAGCAUGGCUCCCACUCUGUCCUGGGAGGAAGAGUCCCAGUCUCUGCCAGCCUCGCCCACAGCACCGGACCCAUUUCCACAGUCUCAGGGGACCCAUUCUGUACCCAAAGAGCUUUCAGCCAAGCCCAUCCGGGACAUAAGGCCGGAGGAUUCCUGCAACAGCCUCCUAAUCACUUCCAUCUUCUCCUCCUCCCUCCCUCCAUCCUGUACACACUGCCAGGUUAUUUUAUUCCUCUAGGUUAUGUUAUUCCUCCAGAUCAGGUUACAGGCCUUCCUCUAUAUAUGUCAGUAUCUCCCUGUUGCCCGGAGGGUGCUUCUUAAGACCUGUUCAGGUGGCAGGGCCUCAAGACAUCAUAUGCAGCUAUUUGUGGAACAUUCUGGAUAUACUGACAUGUUUAAUUCUAACAUACAAACAAGGAACAGAACAACCAGCAGAGAGCAUUUUUAAGAAUUCAACACAUGUCCACUGAACAAAAGCUGUGGAGGGUCAGUGGCUGCUGACCUCCUUAGUUAAUAUCUAUUUGCUACCUGUUCAUUCACUUUGGAAUCUACUUAUAUUAAGACGACAUAGCAGCAACCAAAGUUUUAGAAAAACGUAUGCAAGAAAGACUUAGAUUGGGAAAUUCUAUUAUUUUUUUUCCUGUAAAUCAGGAAAAGACCGUUCACAGUACCAUCCCCAGCCCAGCUCCUGAAAUGGCAGUAUUCCUUGAGGGCAAAGUUUGAGAAUCACUGACCCAUAAGGAAAAAGGACAAACUCCUCAGCCUAUCAGUCAAUGUCCUCUGCAAUCUGGCCUUAACUACCUACCACCAUCAACCCCUUUCCUGACGCCCUGUGUUUCCACCCGUCACUGCCUCAAGCAUCCACGUGAGCCCUUAUCUGUUCUACUUCUGCCCCACAUGCUAAUAUUAAUGCCUCCACGCCCAAGGAAUAACCACAGCUGGCCCACUGAGGGAGCUCUCCCUGUAUGCGUUGACUACAUGCUAUCUGCUUUUCUAAUCACUUGGGUCUCAUCUUCCCUGGUAGCUGCAAAUCUUGAGGGCAGGGACAGCUUGUAUUCUCAGAGCCCAGGAGGAAGCUGUUCUCCCUGUCAGGACCACAAGCUUCAGGACAGUGGCUGGGCCAGACUUCCAGGUGUUUGCUCCAGCAUCCCACACAGCACAGCUGGCGGAUGAACCAGGGAAUAUGCCCCAUAGUACUGCUGAGAGACCGUGGGACCGGGGCAAAGCUGGGUUCUGUACUUUCUCAACUAUUGGAAAGCUGAGACCAGGGCCCUCACUGGGCCUCAGUCCAUAGAGUAAGGAGUUGUUCGCUUGAUCUAAAUGGCCUCAAGGACCUACUCAGCUCUGCCCUCACAGGGCUGCCCUUCUACAUGCGUACUUUUGCUCUCUCAGGGACUCCGGGUUCUGCCUAAUUAACCAAAUUCCCAGGGGCCGUAUGAGGUUAACCGAAGACCUCAAAAAACUAGGGAGAAUAGAAAGCUACUCCUAACACCUUUCCCCACACUGCUUCCAGAGCUACUGCUCUGGGUCCUCAAGCCAGAUGCAGGGGCAGUCAUUUGGAACUGACAGCUUGGUUUCCAACAAAACGUAAGGAAAAAAAGGGCACGUCAAAUUGCAUCUUCUGGCAUAUACGGUAGUUUUAACAAUUUGCCCCCAUCUCACACAACUGCCUUUUUAAGGUAAACUUUAAGUGGGCACUUAGAGGGGCUUCUGAGUUGAACGAAUUCCUGCUGGAAAGACAAGCCCAGAACACUGACUCUUCUCCUCAACUAGGAUCCUCAGGAUGUGCCCUGCCCACCCAGCACCAAGCACUGAGUGCCCUUUACCUGAGGUUACUGUGCAGCGACUCCCUGUUCCGUGAGCCGAAGUGAGGCAGAUCGCAUACUGCUGAAGCCACUGCUCUGAAGCCAAACUUCCUGGUUUCAAAUCCUGGCUCUCAUUUAUAAGCUGUCUGAAUUUGGGCAAGUUAUAUAACCUCUUUGUGCCUCAGCUUCCUCAUCUGUAAAACAGGGAUGAUAAUAAUAGCAUCUAUCUUACAGGGUAUUGUGAGGACUUAAGGGGUUUGAUAUAUUUCAAGUGUUAGAAUGGUGCCUGACAUAUAGUAAGCGCCAUAUUUAAUGCUAUUAAGAUGGUGAUGAGUUGUACCCAGUAAAUUAAGUGAACAGCUGCCUAGAGCUGGGGCAGGGCAGUCAUGAUAGGAGGGAGCCAAAAGGGAGAAAGGCCAACCAGUUCAACCCUGAGGCUAGGAGCCACACAGAGAUACCAGCUGGGAUGGUCCUCCGUGAGCCAGCACACCCUAUAUAUACUGGGGGUACCUCUGCAGCCAUCACCUUUGCUGUCUCUCCUCUCCCCCAGUUACAGUGUCCAAUAGGGAUGAGGAGUAAAAGGAGAAGGCAAUGAGCAAGGUUAGCUUUCUUCAGAAGAGCCCCAAAGAUAGCAAAAAGAUAUGAGAACUACUUUUGCAAGGGUGAUUCAAACUGUGUGGCCUUGGACAAGUCACUUUACCUCCUUCACUUCUUCUCUGUGCCUCAGUAUCCCUACCUGUCCAAGAGGUGUGAACCUGAUGAUCAUUCAGCUCUGCAUUCUAGGAUUCUACAGUUCUAGCAGAGCAUCACUUUGAUGCUCCUCUCAUCUCAUUAAAAGAAGGCAGAAAUGCCAGUGUUUCACAGCAAAUGAUUAUGACACAUCAAAAAGGGUUCAACUAGUCAGUCCCAGGCUGGCCACACAAAGGGACUGGCUGGCCCCUCUGCUCCUUCCCCUUAUGUAUCACUAGUCACUUCCCAUCUCUUCCCUGCCAUUUUCCUUGUCAACUACUAUACCUUCUACAGAUUGGCUUCAGGGUGGCAGUUCUCUUCAUUCAACUUGCCUACUGACUCCUGGCCUUUCUAUGACCCCAGAUACCUGCCCACGCCUUCCUGCAGGCUUGGCCAAAGCCUCACCAGCCUCUGUUCUGUGGGCUGCAUUCACACCAGCUUCUGGCCUCUUGCGACACUCUCAACCUCAGCCAUGCCCUAGGGCAGCAAAGGGAGAGUGCCAGUGCUCACCACACAUGUGGCCAACUCACAUACCUGGCUGCUUUCUAAGACAGCCCAAAGGAAGCCACCAGGAGGGCAAAAGAAAAGCCAGAGCAUUCUCUGAGCAGGACUUUAAACAUUUACAAUAAUAUCAAACUAUCUGUUAGCGUAAGAGGCCAUACUGUCUCAAAGCAGCCCCUCCUUCUCCACUUCCCUCUCCUUUAUAGACACAAAGUCCUAUCAGCUGACAAAACCUUAAAAUGAAAUGGAAAAUUAAAUUAACUUCAGCCAACUAAAUAUAUUCAGCAGGUUCAGGUUUAAGUCAGGUCUGCUUUUGUCACAUUAGCUAUGAUUUUCGGAAGACUGGAAUAUAUUUAAGAUAAUAUCCAUGCUUUGUGGCCAUGCUUUUUUAACUCUCAAUUUGCCAUUCUAGUUCCCUUAUCUGUUACUAGAUUAUGUUGAUUAGGCUGGUGGCAACAUUCAUGUUUACAAUUUUGCCUAAAACACAGAGCCUUCCAUGAACAACACAGGCAAAGAUAAAAUAAUAAAUUAACUUUCACUCCUUUUUUUCAAUUUUCUCUCUUCCUUUACAAAGAUAGGCAUAUUUCUGGUAAUAGUUUUAAAGCUGUGAAAAGGCUUUAUUAUAUAUUUUAUUACAGAACUAGAAAAUUUCAAAAAAUAACUGUGUGGAACCACAAAUAAUUAAAAAGAAACAUAAAAAUAACCCCAUAAAAAAGCAUUCCGGCGCCUGUUAGAAUUUUCCCUCAAAUUACAAAAUGUAGCUCUCCACGCUUUCCAAUGAUUGUUACGUUAGCCAUGAAUUUCUAUUUCAGCUGAAUAUACUUUGAUACAAUUUUCCUUCUUAAGACAUGGUCAUGGCUCAUUUUUUCUUCAAUAGUUCUGUCAUUUCAGGAACAACCUGCAAAUUAAAAAAAAAAAUGUUAUUAAGCAACUUGAGUCUUCACUGUGAUAUGGU